GACAUUCGUGUUUUGUCACUGCAAUGAAUCCUUUAAGCAUUCAAGCCCCGUUCGUACCCAGUCCUGAAAUGAAAAGAUUUAAUGGAAAUCUGAGGAAUUUCGGACUACUCUCAGCGAAUCCAGUUUCAGCCGCUUUGAAGAGCGAUGAAGUUUUCCAAAGAGUGAAAAAUGAAAUAGCAAACAAUCCAGAUUUGGCCAAGAGCAUCAACGGCAUUUUUUUAUAUAACGUUACCGAAAAUGGAAAAACUACCAAACAAUGGACUGUUGAUCUUAAAAAUCCAGUCGUGUACGAAGGAGCACCAAAAGAAGGCAAAGCUGAUGUGACAGUGACAAUUUCUGACACAGAUUUGCUGGAACUAGCUGCUGGCACCAUCAGUCCUCAGGUUGCAUAUUUGAAGGGCAAACUUAAACUUGCUGGUAAUAUCAUGUUAGCGCAGAAGUUAGGACCUCUGAUGGAUGCAAAUAAACCCAAAGCUAAAUUGUAAAUAAAAGAAAAUGUUAAAAUGUUACAAGUUAUAUAUAAGUACCUAGUCAAAAGUUUAUAUCAGUGGUAAUAAAAUUGAGCAAAAUAGGUAU